GCAGGCGGCUCCGCGCCCGCACUCCGCCUCGGCCGCCCCGCCGCGCGCUCGCCUCGCCGCUCCCGCCGCAGCCGCAGGGCCCCCAGCCGCCGCCACCAUGGACGCCAUCAAGAAGAAGAUGCAGAUGCUCAAGCUCGACAAGGAGAAUGCCUUGGAUCGAGCCGAGCAGGCGGAGGCCGAUAAGAAGGCGGCGGAGGACAGGAGCAAGCAGCUGGAGGAGGACAUCGCGGCCAAGGAGAAGCUGCUGCGGGCGUCGGAGGACGAGCGGGACCGGGUGCUGGAGGAGCUGCACUCGGCGGAGGACAGCCUCCUGGCCGCGGAUGAGGCCGCCGCCAAGGCUGAAGCCGAUGUAGCUUCUCUGAACAGACGCAUCCAGCUGGUUGAGGAAGAGUUGGAUCGUGCCCAGGAGCGACUGGCAACAGCUUUGCAGAAGCUGGAGGAGGCUGAGAAGGCAGCAGACGAGAGUGAGAGAGGCAUGAAAGUCAUUGAAAGCCGAGCCCAAAAGGAUGAGGAGAAAAUGGAAAUUCAGGAGAUCCAACUGAAAGAGGCCAAGCACAUCGCUGAAGAUGCCGACCGCAAGUAUGAAGAGGUGGCCCGUAAGCUGGUCAUCAUUGAGAGCGACCUGGAACGCGCAGAAGAACGGGCUGAGCUCUCAGAAAGCAAAUGUGCCGAGCUUGAAGAAGAAUUGAAAACUGUGACGAACAACUUGAAGUCACUGGAGGCUCAGGCUGAGAAGUACUCGCAGAAGGAAGACAAAUAUGAGGAAGAGAUCAAGGUUCUUUCUGACAAGCUGAAGGAGGCCGAGACUCGGGCUGAGUUUGCGGAGAGGUCAGUAACUAAAUUGGAGAAAAGCAUUGAUGACUUAGAAGAUCAACUCUACCAGCAACUUGAGCAAAACCGCCGCCUAACUAACCAACUAAAGCUGGCCCUGAAUGAGGAUUAAACUUAGGAAAGAGCUUGGGCUGAAUUCUAGGAAUGGAGCCCAUGGGCAGGAAAUCUUAUGACUGCCGUACCUUCAACCAGUAGGGCUGACAACACUUGCUUUCUGUAGAAUUGUACAUGGAAGGAAUUAGCUAAAAAGCUGGCUUCACCUGCAUUUUCCUCUAUAUCUGGAAUAAUUAAGUUCUCUUUAAACCCCCCAAACUGCUUUUAUGGUAAAAUUACAUAUAUGUAUAUGGAUUAAAUACUUGGAACAAUUCAGCAACUGCAGGUCCUCUUGUUUGAACUGAUACAUAAUGAGGACCAAAAAUUGUUUUGUAUUUCCUACAGAGAACUGAGUCCUGCUUUAAGUUAGAAAGCCAAAGCAGAGGAGUGACUAUUUACAUAUAUAUAUAUUAUAUAUUGCAUCGUAUAUAUAAUAUAUAUAUACCCACAUAGCUAUUACAUAUUCAUAUUCCUGACUUCUUAAUAUCUGGUAUAGUGUUUGAUUAAAUGUACCUAUGCUUGGGCAAAAUAGCUUUUGAAAACAGGAGCUCAUGUCAGAAGUCCCUGAUUGUCUGAAAGGUAUGCUUUUAUUCCGUCUAAUGAUGUUGUUGGAAUCUGGUGAGAUUGUCAUGCUAAUAAUAAAUAGAACUAUAAGAAUAGCAAGAAAAUGUCCUACUGAAGUGUGCAUGAAAUAUGUUGAUAAUUCAUUUUUUUAACGAGCAACAGAAAUAAAUCGUUUUAAAAGUUGCCAGAAAACCUACUUACGUCCUCUUUGUCUUCUGUGAGAUUGUGUUACAACACAGCUCCCAGACCUUUAACUGCCUGUAACUCAGAAACAUCUGCUGUAUUAACUUCAGUGCUGCUGGCACCCCUCCCUGUCCCUACAGCAUGGGGCCAGCAGACCUUCGCCAAGCGCCACCUGUGCUUUUUUUCUGAGUGAACGUUUGGUGAAAGUUUACCUGACCGCCCUGUGAGACCCUGCUGUGCCUGUAGCUCCUUCAGGUCAAAGACGUCUUCCCCCUUUGUAGGUCCUUGUCUGGAAAUGAGUAAUAUCUUACCAGCAUGCCUUGUCCUAAUCAUCUCAUCCUUGUUUGUGACUGAUGUUUGCCUGCCUAAAUGUGCAAACCGCCACUGUGUCCAGAGUGCAGCUAUUUAUGACUUAAUUUUCUAAU